UCUGUUCUCUGUCUCCACAGCUCAGACGCUCCACAGAUCACCGACAAACACCCGGAUUUCUGCCCACUCAUGAUGGCCCGGUGCCGGACGCUUUGGACCGGGAUCCUCGCCCUCCUGACGGCCGGUGUCUCGAGCUUCAGUCACCUGAGCUUCAACCUGUGCAGGUGGUGCGAGGCGUCGGCUCCGGUGUGCAGAGACAGCGUCUGCUUCAGCAACUGCUCGCUGUCGUCCUUCUGCUCCAGCACCGAGGAGAUCUGCAUCGCCCUGUGGAGGAAGACGAACGCCUCCAUGGCGGUGCAGACCAUGUGCCACGACCCCUCCCUGCCUCUGGAGGGCCUGCCCCCCCGCCUGCUGAUGAACUUCACCUCCAGAGACUGUACCAUGCUGCCGGCCGAGGGGGGGGGGGAGGCGGCCAUGAUGGUGUGCGGCUGCACCGGAGAACACGAGUGCAACGACAAACUGCAGUUCAAUCAGGGGGCCAACGGGUUCUCGCGGCUCCAGAGUAAGGAUGUGAUCCCGGUGGUGGUGGUGAGUCUGGUUCCUCCGGUCCUGGUGGCCAUCGUCGCCGCCGCCGCCUUCUACUUCUACCGGACGCACCGCCCGCACAAACCCCGACCUCCUGCACGCCCUGCCUGGCCGACCAAGCGCACCCCUGAGCUGUACCAGGCCUACGACCUGCCGGGGGGGGCUCUGCGCGAGGGGGGGCUGAGGAUGGAAGCUGAAACAGGGGAGUCUAAAUCCACGCUUUGUUUGUCUUCACAUUUAUCGGACGAUUGACGGGACGAAUAAAGUCUCUCUGGUUCUGGUUCUGCAGACAAGGGUCCCCAUCUCGACAACGACGUGACGGACUGGCAGGACCAUCAGAUCGAACCUCUGCCCAUCAAGCUGGAGCUCCUGGUGGGAAAGGGGCGCUUCGCGGAGGUGUGGAGGGCCUGCCUGCUGGAUGGCCGGGUGGGAGGGCUUAACCUCUACGAGACGGUGGCGGUGAAGGUGUUCCCCGCCGUAGAGUUCGCCUCCUGGAGAAACGAGUGCUCCAUCUUCUCCGACCCAAAGCUGCAGCAUGAUAACGUGGUGCGGUUCCUGGCGGCCGAAGAGCGGGGGCCGCCGGGCCACAGGAAGUAUUGGCUGGUGUUGGCCUUUCACAGCAUGGGGAACCUGCAGGACUUCCUGUCUGCUAACACUCUGAGCUGGGAGGAGCUGGUGUCCAUGGCAGGAAGCAUCUCCAGAGGCUUAGCUCACCUGCACAGCGACACCACGCCCAGCGGGGUGCCAAAGGUGCCGGUCGCCCACCGGGACCUGAAGAGCAGUAACCUGGUGCUGAAGAGCAGGAGGGAGUGUGCUCUGUGUGACUUCGGUCUGGCUCUGAGGCUGGACCUCUCGCUCACCGUCGACGACUUCGCCAACAGCGGACAGGUGGGCACGGCCCGCUACAUGGCUCCGGAGGUGCUGGAGUCCAGGGUGAACCUGGAGGACCUGGAGGCCUUCAAACAGAUGGAUGUCUACUCCAUGGCUCUGGUGCACUGGGAGAUGGCCUCCCGCUGCCAGGCCAUCGGAGAGGUGAAGAGCUACGAGCCGGCGUUUGGUUCCCAGGUGUGUGAGCAGCCCUGUGUGGACAGCAUGAGGGAUCUGGUGCUGAGGGACCGAGGCCGGCCAGACAUCCCGACAGCCUGGACCCAGAACCAGGGGAUGAGCGUCUUCUGCUCCACCAUCACUGAGUGCUGGGAUCACGACCCUGAGGCCCGGCUGACGGCGCACUGCGUGGUGGAGAGACUCAACGUCCUGCAGCAGGAGCAAGAGGAGGAGGAGGAGGAGGAGGAGGAGGAGGAGCAGGAAGGACAGGAGGUAGCGGGGAAAGAGGAAGACGUAGAGACAGAGAAGGACAGUGACCAGCGUCCCUCCUCCUCUUCCUCCCUACAGAUCCCUCAGACAGGGGAGGUAUCCCAAGACUCCCUGGGAGACACUUGGUCCGCGGUGUGACGUUUAAAGAGAACUGGACCCAGCACUGGAGGAAGGAUAUCGGUGGGGACAAUAUGGUCAGGUCAUUCCACACUGAACAUACUGAUAGCUACUGUUAGCAUGCUCACAGAGGUUUGAGCAUCCUCACAUGUAAUACUAUUCAUCGUACUGCUGCGGGGACCAGAGUAACACAGCGACAGACGCUAUCACCCAACAAACAGACAGUAGGAUUAUCACAAAUACAGAUGUUUGUCUUUGUGAGAAGUUCUGGAUGUUUCCCUGAACACAGAGAGGACAGAACCACACACAGAAAAGGGUGUUCAGGAGCACAGAAAACAUGCAAAUUGUUUUCAUUUUGCUUUGCGUUGAAGGAGCUGGUCUCCUUCUGUUGUUGCAUUCAUCUUUAACAGCUGCCGUGAUGAUAUUUACUCAACGCUUUAUGAUUAAAAGGAGAUUGAUUUCCUCCUGUGUUUGGUGUGAGAAACACAUGUUGUGACUCUAUACCGUUGUUUGUAAAGGAGUGAACCCUGAAGAUCCAAUGAGUAGAACUCUUAUUCUGUCCCUCAGGAAACAGAAAUGCAGGAAACCACUAUCUCCAGAAAAUGUGCUUUUCUUUUGCAAUGAAGUUGAUUUUUUCUGUAAUUAAUGAGUUCUUGAUUCUGUCUCUAUUGUAUGUGAUAUGUAAACCUCCUCCGUCUGAAAAAAUAUAGUAUUACAAUAAGUGAAUAAAGGAGAGCUGGGACUGA